CAAAAAAGGGAAGUUGAAACUUCAGUGCAUGUGUGGGAGGAAAAAUUCAUCUUCUCCUCACUUCAGGACAUGGUUAUACAAUAGCCUACACAGAUGCGUGGUCUUUGUUAUUUAUGCCUCUCCAUCCUGACCCAAGUGUCUUCCAGCACCCUCAAAGUCAUUGGCUUCUUUGGGCACAAUGUCACUUUGCCCUGUAGGUAUGACACCCAAACUCACGGCGUCCUGAGUUUCUGUUGGGGACGAGGGAUGGUGCCCCGGUCCAAAUGCUCUGACACCAUCGUCUCCUCACUGGAUGGGGCUCUGCUCUUCAGGGAGUCGCCUAGGUACCAGCUGCGGGGCAGUGUGACAGACGGAGAUGUGUCGCUGACCAUCCUGGGCGCCCAGUGGAGUGAUGCCGGCGUGUACGGCUGCAGGCUCGAGAUCCCAGGGUGGUUUAAUGACGAGAAGGUCAACACGCACCUGGAAAUGGAGGAAGCUCCUGUUGAACGACCCGUCGUUACCCGGGACUGGACGCUCACUGCAGGACAAGAAAUAUUGACAACAUCCGUGACUAAAAAUGUCGAAGUUGGUGACUCAACAUUGGACAUAUUUGCAAUUAAAACUGCGGAAAAAUCCAAAGCCUUCCUUGAAGUGGGGAACAUUGGUAGGGCGGCAGCUAUUUUCUUCUCCGCCAUAAUCAUAAUCCUCGUCUUUGUUUUCCGGAGAAGAUUUCUGCCGAAGAGGACACUUCAACAUCUCCCCACCUCAACUGCGGAAAACAUUUAUGAAGUAUUAUAGAGGGUCCCAACAUUAUGAGGAUACGUGAAUCCAUAAGGAAUGUGUCUGCUUGUGAUUGCUGACUUGAUGCACAUCUUCAGCUUCAGAGGGAAACCUUUCUGUCCUUUUAUAGCACCUUACUGGGUACUACCGCUCUCUGAUUGCUCUGAAAAAGGCAAAUGUGUGUCGUGUGGCUGAAAAGAUGCAACAAAUAUCCUGCAGAUUAAUUGAUUUGCUGUUUGUCUGUUUUUCAUAGCAACAUGGAUCUCACAGCCCUUAAAAGCUGGUAGAUGGUUUAUACUUGUGGACACAAUGCCACCUGUUGGACCUAAUGCACCAUUAUCAAAAUAUUAGAGAAGAUUCUACCAUGAAUACACUGAGCAAUCCGUGUGAAUCUAUCAGAUGACUGUACUCUAUAUGUUUUGAAUAAAGUUGAAAUGACCUGUACAUUGAAAAACUGUCCAGCAAAGAGUAAAAUGAAUAAUAACAUACAAAACACAUUAUAUGAAUAUGAUACAUCCUCUCUUAACUCUCAGGUCCAAAAAAAACGACAUUUUGACCACAUUUAUGUCCAUUUAUUUAAUGUUGAAAAUGAUCGACGGCUCAAUGUCACAGUAAAACACUUUAAUAAAACUUUCCCAUGA